UUGCUCAAUGAAAAUGCUGAAUUACGACCAAAUAAAUAUAAGCACUGAGUCGCAUCAUGCCUCAACCCAUUUUUUAGCGAUUUAUUGCUGCCCCUCUCUCUCUCUCUCAAUCAAGAGAGGCUGAUCCAUCAAUUCAAGAAAGAAGAGUAAUUCGUUCGGGUCCCCAGCAGAAAUGGGAGAAGAAAACAACGCGAAGCACAUCACCCGUGUCCUCUUCUGCGGCCCCCAUUUUCCAGCUUCCCAGAAUUACACCAGAGAAUACUUGAUCGGUCACCCGUAUAUCCAGGUUGAUGACGUGCCCCUAGAUGAUGUUCCCAGUGUCAUCGGAAACUAUCACAUUUGUGUCUUCAAGAACAAGCGACUUACUGCAGACAUUCUGUCGCGAGCUAAGCAAAUGAAGCUUGUGAUGCAGUUUGGUGUUGGUUUUGAAGGUGUUGAUAUUGAUGCUGCCACAAAAUUGGGAAUUAAAGUGGCUAGAAUACCUGGUGACGUAACUGGAAAUGCCGCUUCUUGUGCAGAGAUGGCUGUUUACUUGAUACUGGGGUUGCUCCGAAAACAGAAUGAGAUGGAAGUCUCUGUGAAGCAGAAGAAGCUUGGAGAGCCAACCGGUGACACACUGCUUGGGAAAACGGUAUUCAUAUUGGGAUUUGGAAACAUCGGAAUUGAUUUGGCUAAGCGAUUGAGACCCUUUGGUGUCAAUAUCAUAGCUACAAAACGGAUUUGGUCCUCGAAUCAAGGAUCUGGCAAAACAGAUGUUUCAGCAUCUCCCUUUCAGAAUUGCGUAGGUGAUGAUUUAGUUGAUGAGAAGGGGGGUCAUGAUGAGAUAUACGAAUUUGCAAAUAAGGCCGACAUAGUAGUCUGUUGUUUGAGUAUGAACAAAGAAACAGCUGGCAUCGUGAAUGAGAGAUUCAUAUCAUCGAUGAAGAAGGGUGCCCUUCUGAUAAAUAUUGCCCGAGGGGGUCUCCUGGACUAUGAGGCGGUCAAGCAGAACCUUGAAUUGGGUCAGCUCGGGGGCUUAGGAGCGGAUGUUGCUUGGACUGAACCGUUCAAUCCUGAUGACCCAAUUCUGAAAUUCAAAAAUGUUAUCCUUACUCCUCAUGUUGCUGGGGUCACUGAACAUUCGUACAGAUCUAUGGCCAAGGUUGUUGGUGAUGUAGCUCUUCAACUUCAUGCCGGGGCUCCCUUGCCCGUGAUAGAAUUUGUCAACUAGAUUAUACGGAGAUCCACCAUCCGUAGUACAUUUCUCCCUUUGCCAGUUGUAGAAUAGAUAUUCCUAAUAUCAAAUUCAACGUAAUUGUUGUACUCCUAAAAUCACAAAAGCCAGUUUUAUCUUUGUCGGAAUAUAAUCAUGUGAGGUCCCAUGGGUGUACCUCGAGUUUGCAUCGUAUUUCACUUGUAAUUCCGUGCAUCCACAGGAUGGGCUGUAGACUGCAUAAACAAUUCCAGUCCCAUCUAAGAGAAACCUUGGCUUCCCUUUGGUCAUGUAAUCCUCCUAUGAUGUUCUUCCGUGUAUAUCGGAAAAGUUACCCUGUCAAA